AAGUUUACGUGGCAAAGAAUGGAAGACAUUUCUACGGGGGCAACCCUCACCGGGCUCGAGCUCCGAUGGUUCCUGGAGAUGCGCCGCUGUUGGAACGCGGACAUCUCGGUGUACCGGGACUUUGUGGCGCGCUAUGACGCGUUGAUCAGCGAAUCUGCUGAAACCGUCAAGGACAACUCGCUGGCCGUUCACCACCGUCAGCUGGGCAAUCGUGCCUAUUUGGAAAAACGCUUUAUCGACGCGCUGUGGCAGUACAACCGAAGCAUUUGCUUCGCGGAGAAUCUGUCGGAACACCUGGGCAUCGGCUACGCCAAUCGAUCUGCGAUUUAUUACGAAAUUGAGGAGUACGAGUUUGCCCUGUACAACAUUGACCUGGCCAGGAAGAACCACUAUCCGGAAAGGUUGCUGCCAAAACUGGUUGCACGGGAAGCCAACUGCAAGGAACGCAUCGCAGGUGGUCACUCCAAGGGCACUGUCCCACACUCAUUUUUGGACAUCAACGUUGAGGUAAAUCCGAAGAUUUCUUUCCUGGCCAAGGGAAUCGGAAUGAAGCGGUAUGAGAAGAUGGGCCGUGGUCUGGUGGCUGAGCGUGACUUCGACAUCGGAGACGUUAUUCUGGAUGAGAAGAGCGAGCUUUGUUUCGUGUCGUUUGGGCGAUCCUUUUUCAGCUGUUGCCACUGUGGAUCCAUGUUUGAGAAAAGUUUGAUUCCGUGCCCUUCCUGUGUGGCAGUCAUGUACUGUGGCGAGAAGUGCCGCGAGGAGGAUUUCCGGACCACUCACCGGUUUGAAUGCUGCGUGAUCACGAAAUUAUGGAGUGUGACCGUGAAUAAUAUGAUGGCCAUGGCUAGGUUGUUCUUUUACGGCUUGACGGCGUUCAACGACGACGUCACCGAAAUGAUGAAGUACUGCAUGGCAAAUGCUGCCGUCGGUUCUAACCCGCUUGAACUGGAUCUCACCAAACCGAAUCCUUUGGACGUGUUCAAGGUACUGCACCAGUUCAAACCAAAUCCUGGGCAGGGCAGUUCCGAUCUUGACCACAGCUUGAAGCUGCAUGCAGCUACUUUUUAUUCGAUUUUCAUGAAGAACCCACUGGUCCAAUCGAUCAUCCGUACCAAGGCGCAGCGUAAUUUUAUGCUCCACUGCCUGCUGAUUCAUGGUCGCGUGGCCAAAUCGCUGCUCCUUAAUCAAGGUAACGAAAGUGAGGGAUGUCAGGGAAUUUUCUCCCCCAUAGCUUCGCUCCUAAACCACUCGUGCGACCCCAACGUGACCGCCCAGAUCGAUUCCGGAAGCAUCAAGGUCAUCGUACUGCGCCCCAUCCGAAAGGGUGACCAGAUCUGCACAAGCUGCGCCUCGGCCUGGUGGGACGACAACGGCGGGACCAAAUUUGACUUCCAGUGUAUGUGCGUGGUCUGUGACCAAGGACCGGAGGGAGCCAAGUGGCGCAAGGCUCGCAAUAAAGUGCGCCCAAUUUCUCGUAAAGCAGCGCGGGAAUUGGAAGACAUUGCACUCGAGGGUCUCGAGACCCAUGAGCUGCUCAUGAUGCAACGUAUGGUUAAGACGCUGGUACGUGACGGCCAUUACCCGGGGGAGCUGUUCGGUGAAACGAUGUUGGAUUACUACAAUACGCUGUACGAGGUGCUUCGUUCGGAGAACGCAAAGCUCAACCGAGCCAAAGCGCUGCAAUGUGUACCGAACUCGGUUUGAGCAUUAACUUUGAUUUAAAUUGUUACUGUAAUUACAUUAUUUUAAUCGAAUAAAACUGAAUUCCAACCUAA